CUGAGGUGGAUUGAGUUACACGAGAGGCACACGCCGCUGUCGCAAAAUUUGAGGUCCACCAGCACACACCGCAGAGUGGCGGAGCUGCUGCUGACCACGUUUCCACCAUCAUGUCAGAAGCUGGCGUGAGGUGACAAAUCCAAGCCAAACAAGAUGGUGAUACUCGAUGUGUUAAUAAUAGGGGGUGGCCCUCAUGCCUUGACCCUGGCUAGCUUGCUGUCCAACCCUGAUCCAAACUCAGACCCUGGACAUGACUCACCCCUGUCCCCCUCCUGCUUGGACCCUGCGAGGCCUCAGCAGGUCCUGCGAACAUCCAGCAGCAAAAGCUGCAAUGGCAAGGCGAAGAAGAAGAAGAGGAGGGCAAAUGCUGUGUGUGCAGGAGUGACACUGGAGGACCAACUAGCAACAUCAGUGAUAUCAGAAAGAGUCAUUGGCUCCCCGCUGAGUCUCCGAGUAGUAGAUUCCUACGGGGAGUGGACGACUCUGUGGCAGAGUCAGUUCACAGCUCUGAAAAUCCCUCAUCUGCGCUCACACACUCUGGUGCACACAGAUCCUCUCAAUAAGAAAGCACUGCAGGAGUUUGUUUUAAAGCAUAAUCGUACAGCAGAGCUUCACAGUCUUCCAGACCAGGUUUAUAUUUUGGAUGAAAAUGCGUUUUUCAAUGACAUGCGGCUCGGCAAAAAGGAAAGGAAGCGUCUAAACGUCACCUCAACACUAAAGAAGAGUUUACCCUUCAGUCUGCCUGGAACCAAACUAAGUGUGGAUUUCUUUAAAGAUCAGGUGGAGAGAUACAACUUGGACGAAGUGCUGGUAAAGGGAACAGUGGAAACCAUCGUCCCUGUGACUGAACACGAGGAAGAGACGGAAGAAGAAAAUGACUGCAUAAACGAGCGGGAAGCAGAGGGUGAAGCCAUGACAGCCACUGAAAGGAAGGGAAAUGGGUCAAGGAAGAGAGUGAAAUACUUUAAAGUCAAACUUCAGGAAGGCGUCAACCUAAAAGCCCGCCGGGUCAUCGUGGCAACAGGUCCAACCCGAGCCCACAUGGCAAACAUCCCUGCAUGGGUGAAAAGCAUCGCAGAGAGCUACCCAGAGGAGCGUUUGCAACACACAGUGCAGCUCAUGCACAGCUUGUCAGCUCUUUGGCCAAACCUUUGCAACACAGACCGUCAGAAGGAGACUUUUCCCACUCAAGAAUUGUGUGUAGUGUGUGAGGCAGGGCAGAGAGUAAUGGUAGUUGGUGGAGGUCUGACCAGCGCUCAUGUCGUCUCAAUUGCCCUUCAGCAAGGUGCCAGCCAUGUGACAUGGGUCAUGAGGAAGCACCUGCAGUUAAAACAGUUUGAUGUGGGCGACGUGGAGAGCCUGGUGGGUCGUUACUCCCACGUGGAGCACGGGAUCAAGAUGGACGGCCAAGCUUACCUGCGCCAGUUCUAUAAUGAGCGGAGCCUCCACAAACGGCUGGCUAUGAUUCGCCAGGCGAGGAAAGGAGGGGCCGUCACCCCGGAGGCCUACAUCAACCUCCAACCGUUCAUCUUGAACGGACAGGUGGAUGUGAGGACAUACUGUGAGGUGAGUGAAGCCAGCUGGUGCUACAGGAACCAGGUCUGGAGUCUCUCCCUCAGCGCUGGGGACCGUUGGACUGGAGAUAUGAUCUGGCUCGCCACCGGCUGCAAACUUGAUGUCCAACAGGACCCACUGCUUUCUGAGGUGAUGAAAGAAUUCCCCAUUCAGGUGAUAGACGGUUGGCCCUGCAUAUCAGAGAGCUUAAAGUGGACAGAAGAGUGUCCGCUCUACCUGAUGGGACAGUACACUGCUCUUCAGGUUGGACCUCAUGCAGUAAACCUGGCUGGUGGACAGGCUGCCAGCAUGCGAAUCGCCAAGGACAUCAUGCAGCGUCAGCAACAGGACAAUGAAUCUUCUGAGCUGAGUGCAGAGAAAUAUAAAACUGAGGAAUACAUUCAACAGAUGCAAGGCCUUUUAUGGCUGUAACCUAAGCAUUUAGGCUGACAAGCAGUCAUUUACUCUUGAUUAUCCUGAUUAAAGGGGACAUGAGAUGGUGUACUCUUAUGAUGGCCUAGAGUGAAUGGGUUGCACUUAAAUAAAUACUGAGACUGACUGUUUGGAUUGACUUUAACAACAGUUCUCUUUCAAACACACAAAUUUUCAUCCUUGAGGGCCCACACAGUCAUUUUUAAACAUUAAUUAGCCCACAUGUUUAUUCGCAGAAACUAUAUUUUACAUAUUUCUUAUCUGAUCAGUUUUAUACCAGUGUUUACGACAUGACUGAUGUAAACAAGUCAUGUAUACACAUAUGAAUGUAUACAGACAGUUAUUUCUCCUUGUCUGAUUCAAGGUUGUAAGACCUGAGGGUUGAGUAUGUAUGAUUCAUAUUGUAAAGCCCUCUGAUACAAAAUCUUGUGAUUAUGGACUUAAGUCUUGUGCAAGUGGUGCAGGUACCCCACGAAUCGUUUUUGACAUAUAUUCAGUGGAAACCAGCACAAAGACAGUAUGUUCAAUGUUUUACCUCAUGACCUUUUGCAUGUGCUUUUUUUAAAAAAAAAAUUCAAACAAG